AUGUUAUUCAUUUUCGCCGGAAUUGCGUUUCUUAUUGAGUAUUCCUUCGUGGGUAAGGGAUUUACAGGUCUCGGGAGCCAUGUUUAUGAAUUGUUAGCUGGGUUGACGCUUGUCUGUGCUGCUGCUUGCUUUUAUCUAUCGUUCAGACCAACGGCCUUCUUCGCAGAGGUGGUGCUAUCCUCGGGUCUUAUUUUCAAAGGGACAUGGGUGUUGCAAGCUGGGCUGUCUUUAUACACGGAUACAUUUUCCUUGAAGGGAUGCCAUAAGAUUUCGUUGUCUCGGUCUCUUGACAAGAUCAACGAACAGUGUGAUCUCGAAGAGGAUAGCUUGAGGGGGGUGGCUCUGAUGGAUCUCUUGUUUGCCUGGCAUGCAGUCUUAGUCUUGGUCAUGAGUUUCACGUUGUUUGGUGUCCUAUCUUGCAAUAGAAACUUGAGAUGUGGGGAAGGCGCUGCUCCGUCAUUGGCAGAUAUUGAUUCAGAGAGCAUGCUCAGGCGCCCACUUCCAGAGUUUGAGGUCGAGUGA